AUGGAUCUAAAAUUAGCUAUCGCAUUCAUCGUGUCAGCGCAACUAUGGUCAGAAAUACCAGCCCUGGGCCCAUGUGAUUGCACCCGACAUUCACAACCAGUAUGCGGCUCCGACGGCGUCACAUACAGUAAUCCGUGUGUUUUAAGAUGCACCCAAGCCACAAGCCUCCGACCUAUAACCCUAGUUAGCGAAGGCCCUUGUCCGAAUCAAUCAGGGAGUGGAAACUGUGGAUGCAGUUUGGACUACGUACCAGUUUGUGGUUCUGAUGGAAACACCUACCCCAACGCAUGCCACGUUAGCUGCAUGAGUAUUAAUAAUCCUUCAUUAAGAGUUGAUUAUGAAGGACAAUGUAGACGGAAUGAUUGUUCCUGUCCUGCCCAGUAUCAGCCCGUUUGUGGCACUAAUGGCGUUACCUAUAGCAAUGAUUGUGAACUAAAUUGUGCGACGGCUCAUGAUCCUUUGUUAGGCGUUGCUCACUACUCGGCUUGUUAA